GUAAUACAAGGUGGUGUCACGCAAGGUGAAAUAGGAAGAGCAUGUUAUGACCAGCAGUUUUAGGGGUGAAACUUUAGCCAUGGACCUUAACCGGCCUGCCGCCUCUAUCACCUUCGGCAAGAAGAAGGGAUGGUUUGUAAACAGACAAACUGCAUUGAUGCUCUCACUUCUCUUCGCGGUUGUCAUUGUAGCCACCGGACUUCUUGUCUACUAUUACGUUCCGCAUGCCCGGAAGUCAGGGCAAGAAUCUAUGGACCGGAAAGACAUCAAAGAACGUGCAUCAAAACAGCUCUCCGCAGUCUCACCUGUUGUGACUUCUAACACCACCGAGUCACCUCAGGAGAAAGUAAUUGUUAGACUACCCAGAGCCCUUAAGCCUCUCCACUAUAUGGUUAAACUUCAGCCUUUCGUCAACGGCAACUUCAGCAUCAUGGGAUACGUCGAGGUGGAGAUGAUGGUUGCAGAGCCAACCUUAAACAUUACUCUUCAUAUUGCUGAUAUAAUCACGAAGAACGAAACUAUCAAGGUGGUAUCUUAUGAUGACCCAAAGGAACCCAGGAUAGAAAUUUUGCAUCAUGUUUUUGACAAAGAAAAAGAGUUUUACAUUGCUAUGUUAAAUAAGGAGCUAAAACCUGGCAAGAAAUACGUUCUUUCCAUGGAGUUCGUUGGCUACCUAAAUGACAAGCUCACAGGCUUCUACAGAUCUUCGUACAUGGAUGCACAAGGGAAUAAAAAGUGGAUUGCUGCAACUCAGUUCCAGCCAACGAGCGCCAGAAAAGCUUUUCCAUGUUUUGAUGAACCUGCGAUGAAAGCCACUUUUGAAAUUUUUCUGGCCAGGGAAUCAUCAAUGUCUUCUCUUUCAAAUAUGCCGAAGUCUGAAACAACACCAAUCGAGGGUCAAAAUGGGUGGGUGUGGGACCACUUCAACACGAGCGUGCCCAUGUCCACCUACCUGGUCGCCUUCGUCAUCUCCGACUUCGCUAGCAUGGAGUCCAACGCCAGCGAUCACGUUCUCUUCAGAGUGAUGGCUCGAGAGUCUGCCAUUCAGCAGGCAGACUACUCCCUCCUUAUAGGUCCGGAAACCCUGUCUUAUUUUGAGGAGUACUUCAACGUCACAUACCCUCUCCCUAAGCAAGAUAUGGUCGCCAUUCCUGACAAGGAUGGUCCCAUGGAGAACUGGGGACUCAUUAUUCACAGGGAGUCGACGAUGUUGUACGACCCAGCGGUGUCGUCUACGAUGGACAAGAAGUCGGUGGCGCUGACGGUGGCUCACGAACUCUCUCACCAGUGGUUUGGCAACCUCGUCACACCCGACUGGUGGUCAGACCUUUGGCUCAACGAAGGGUUUGCAACAUUUAUGCAAUACAUCGGUGUGGAUCAUGUUGAACCUACCUGGAAGAUAAUGGAGCAGUUCAUACCUGAUGUGCUCCAGAGUGUGUUUACUGUAGACUGGCUGGAGACCUCACACCGCCUCAGCUUCCCAGUGGAACAUCCGGAUGAAAUUAGAGAGAUAUUUGAUAUUAUCACCUAUUCUAAGGGGGCGUCUGUUAUUCGCAUGAUGACCUACUUCCUGACGGAGAAGACCUUCAGGAAAGGCGUCACCAACUAUCUUACAAGUCUGAAAUAUAAAAAUGCUGAGCAAGACGACCUGUGGCAGUACCUGACAGUAGCUGCUCAUGAAGACGACACACUGCCGAAAGAUAUGACAAUGAAGAAGGUCAUGGACACCUGGACGCUGCAGAUGGGUUACCCUGUCAUCAAGGUUGUGAGGAGCUCAGACGGCACCUCGGCAAACAUCACUCAGGAACGAUUUUUGAUGGUAUGGGACCAAAACUAUUCAGACACUCAUUUCUACAAGUGGUGGGUUCCACUAACAUACACGAGUCAAGAUAACCCAAAUUUCAACAACACUCAAACACAAGUAUGGAUGAAGGAUUAUGAGGCAAAGAUCACAGUCUCUUCUCUGCCAAGGAAGGACCAAUGGGUCAUCUUCAACGUACAGGAGAUAGGUUUUUAUAAAGUGAACUAUGACGACGACAACUGGAACUUGCUCAUUAAGCAACUGAACAGCGAUCACAAAGUUAUCCAUGUGAUAAACCGUGCUCAGAUCAUCGACGACGCCAUGGACCUCGCACAAGCUGGUCAGCUAUCCUACAAGACAGCACUGGACGUGAUUGCUUACUUAGGAAACGAAGAGGAGUAUAUUCCUUGGGAAUCUGCUCUGUCCAAUCUCGUUUACCUAAAGAAAAUGUUCAUCCGCUCGAAGCACUAUGGCGCACUUAAGAACUACUUGCUCAACCUCCUGACUCCGUUAUAUGAGUCUGUCGGCUUCCAAGACAACAUAAAUGAUCCUCAUCUGGAGCAGUUAAAGCGGGUCAAGGCACUGACGUGGGCCUGCAACCUAGAGUACCAGGACUGUGUCAACAACUCAGUUUCACUUUAUCAAAAGUGGAUGGAGAACCCAUCUAACCGCAGCAUUGUGUCCCCUAACUUGAAGAGCAUAGUGUACUGCACCGCUAUUGCUGCUGGUGAUGAGGAGGAGUGGAACUUUGGCUGGAACCAGUACCUCAACUCCAACGUUGGCUCUGACAAAGAAGUAAUACUUAGUUCACUAGGUUGCUCUAAGAAGAUCUGGAUAUUGUCUCGGUACCUUGAUAUGGCUUUCUCAAAUAAUAGCGGUAUGAGGGAACAGGAUGCACCUAUAGCCUUCGUCGCUGUGGCCAGAAACAGUGUAGGCCACUACCUAACCUGGAACUAUGUUAGGGAUAACUGGCAGAAAAUUACGGACUUUUUUGGGUCUGGUAUAUUCGUCCUCUCCAACAUCAUUGAGAAAGCUACUGAGACCUUAAACACACACCUGGAAAUGAAGGAGUUGAAGCUGUUAAAGGGAAAGGCACGGGGGCGAAUUCGACCAGAAAAACCCGGGACGGGUUGA